UACUUCCUGGUGUGUAGUCGCCACUUUUGUUGUCUUUCUGUCUUUUCAGAUUUACCGAAGAUCGAAACCGUCAGUUAAUGGACAUAAGAACUGCUUAAAUGUCAGAUGCCCGAUGUCAAUGCCAGUGAGUCUACUUCUCCCUCCGAGGGUGGAAAUGUAGAAGUCGCCUAUGCAAACACAACACAAACUAACCUACGUGGUUUAUCAGCGGUUUUAACCUCCAACAGUCACACCAAUUCAGACACUAGUGUAAGUGACGAACUUACUAGCACGUGUUCCCUAGAAGCCACGAGCGAACAGGACAGAAACCGUGUCAUUCAAGAUUUAGGUAUCACUAGCACUGCGUUCAUUGGCCCUGCAUGUCGCCCUGAGCCACCAUCCAUUGAGCAGGAGCUUUCUGAGUUUUACAAAGAGCUUCAGGAAGUGGACCACAGUGACGAGGUCGACGGCCAUGCCCUUGAUGAGCAGGGUCAGAAUCCAUCCUGCAAACCUGAGAGUGACCCACGACAGAAGGACAGUUCUGCUGUCGUAACUGAUCGCAGUAGAGCUUACAGACCCUACCCAGAUCCACACCAGCGCAGUGGACAACAGUGGCAAUGUGGAGGUCCAAGGAGAUGGAGACCUCGCACGCCAUAUGGUAAUGAAGGCUUUGGCGAAAGGCUACACUUAGCCCCGUGGUGUCCCCCUCCACCAUGGAUUCCUCCGGGACCACCAAACCCAGCUUUCCAGUUCUUCCCUCCCCCACCAUUUGGAGGUCCCAUCAUGUAUCCUCCAUACAUGAGACCUCAGCAGAACUUCCAAAGUCACGCUGACAUCAGCAAGAGGGCACCGUGGGAAGUGCCAUGGUUACCGCCAAAUGAAUGGCAUGACAAUGCCAGGGGUCCAUCAUUUUGCGAUUCUAGAUUCCCUGAGGAUUAUGAAACGUCUACAUCAAACUGGCAGCAGAACAACCCCGAACAACAGUUUCAUCAUUAUAACACUUUACAUCUCAUAUUAUUGAGGGGUCUACCGGGCUCUGGAAAAUCCACUUUGGCCAGAGAUCUUAUGUCCGGUGGCCCCAAUGGAACAAUACUAAGUACAGAUGACUACUUUUUCCAAGACAACACAUAUGUAUUUGAUAGCACACUGCUCGCGGAUGCUCACGACUGGAAUCAAAAGAGAGCUGAGCAUGCGAUGUCCGAGGGUCGCUCACCUGUUAUCAUCGACAACACAAACAUCAAAGCCUGGGAGAUGAAGCCAUACGUUAAAAUGGCUUUAAAAAACGGAUAUAAAGUGGACGUUCGUGAACCAGAAACCAACUGGAAAUAUGAUCCUAUCCAGUUAGAAAAAAGGAAUACACAUGGAGUCCCUCGAGAAACAAUAGAAAAGAUGCUGGAUCGUUUCGAGCGGCCCGUGGACAUUGACAUUGUGAUGAAUUCUGCGGAGCCUCCUCAUAAAAGCAGAGCACGUUAACAGAAUCUGUUGAUGGACAUGUUGGCCCGGUUUCACAGACACGGCUUAGCUUAAUCCAGGACUAAGCCUUAGUUGAAUUAAGAUAUUUAUGUCGCUUUUAUAAAAAUACAGUGGAAGAAUACAUUACUGGUGUGCAUCUCGAGACAAAUCAAUGGCACUGAUAUAUUUUAAGAUAUUUCUGGGCAAGUUAUAUUCAUCGGGCCAUUGUCUUUUAGAAUUGAAUCAUUUGUUUUAUGAAUAUGGAUUCAUGUGAAGUUAAAGCUGUAUGGUGAUGUUCAAUGAAGGACCUUGUUUUUUUUAAACAAACCUGGAUUUUUAUCUCUUUUUAAUGAAAAUGUAGACUAUCGUGACUGCAUUCAAGCAUUGUUCAAGUUUCUAGAUUUGUACACUGUGAAAUACUAAAAGAAUAAAAAUACAAAUACACUAGACUCAUUUAGGUCUAUGUAUUUUUAAGCAUAUCUGCCUUUUCAGUAGUAAUGUAAACAUUGAUCUUAAGGUUCACGCUUUGUAUCUCAUCUGCUGUGGUUGUACAAUGUCGACGGGUAAUUUAUGUCGACAAAACGACACCACGUUGUUUCUAAAAAAGUGUUUUCGUGUGUGUUUAUUUGUUUUUGAUACAAUUUAAAUAAAAUAAUUUUUAAGACAAU